CAAAGGUUUGCACUGUCAGCCCAGCUGCCCAAAGCCAUUCCGCGCACGCGCGCAGUAUCGUUAUAACAAUGCGUUGCCAUGGUUACAGAGCCAAUCAAUGCGUUUUAAAUUUUUUUAUUACUCUACGCAUGCGCUGAAAGCCGGCGGGGGCUGGUUUUGGGGAAUAGAUGUAGGGUUUUUAAGAUCUAUGCACGACCUUAUAAAUGACGAAUAACAGGGAGUAGAAAAAAUAAAUUAUUAUCACAUAUUUGUUUUUAAUUACGUUUAAACCUCUUUUCUUGAAUUUAUUUUUCGAACAAUGUGCUUUAAAAUAGGUAUUAUAAUGUCACUUUGACUUUAUGAAAAUGGUAAACAGAAUUCUUCGCAUUGUGUUAUUAUUUUUCCCUACAAUUGUGGAAUGCUCAAACCUCGAGGCAAGGGAUGAAAAAACUUAUCCGAAUGGAACUCUGGUUGGGACAUACCAAUAUGUAGAUGCACACGGUAAUCAAGUUCGUGUGAAGUACUUUGCAGAUGGAAAUAGUUACAGUAUCGAUUUAAGAGGCUACAAGAUCCCCGAAAAAGCAGAAAACGCUACUCAAAAUAUAACCUCUUCUGUUGCCAAUGCCACCGAGGUGAUAGAUACCUUAGUACCAUUAAAAUUAGACUUUCCCGUCGUCGACAAUAUCUACACAAUUGAAACUGCGCAGAACUAUUCUAAUGAUAUCCCUAAUACUAACCAAGAAAAUCAUGGAGCCGAUGAAUCGAAUGAUGAGAAGGAGGGCGGCGAAGAUGAUUAUGACGAUUAUAAUUCGGUAUUAAAAAUACCUAAGGUUAAAAUUUAUGACAAGGCGCAGGAAAUGAAGAAAGCCGUAAGAAAAAUACGACAGACUUUGGAUAUUUUUAUGAGAAAAAUACCCAAGUCUAAUACUACUUGA